ACCACAAAAUCCCAUCACCUGCCCGUGUCCCUGCGCACGCAGUGCUCAUAAAGUUUACAAACAAUGAUUACAAACGAACCACGUUCAAAUAGGGUAGCGAGUAAAAGAGAAAACGUGUGGAUUGAUAUUAACUUGCCAAAGUAUAGCCAUUUUGAAAAUGUUCCACAACUUAUUUGGCCCGUUCUACCCCUCUCUGGACCCCGGCUGACAGGCGCCAGCUCCAAUGAUGAACAACCUAGUCUCCACGGGGGGCUCCAUACAGGGUAGCUUUACCAUGACUAACUCCAUCAACUCGGGGAUGAUCAGCGACGAUAUGAGCGAGCCCAGCUCACCCGAGAGCACGUUUGAUGCCUCUGACUUGUUGGGAACUAAUGGCAUGACAGAUGAAGUUACUGCACAGCUAGCUCAUUCAGGUACAAUAGGCAUGGCUGCAGCAGCUGCAAUAGCCAGCGGUAAGAAACACAAGCGACCCCACGCAUUCGAGACAAACCCCUCAAUACGAAAAAGGCAACAAACGAGACUUCUCAGGAAACUGAAGGCCUGUAUAGAGGAAUACACAACACGUGUAGGUCAGCAGGCGGUCGUCUUGUGUUGUACCCCAGGCAAAUCCCAGAAUUCCAGUAACUACAAAGUGUUUGGCUCCCAGCCAUUAGAAACUGUGAUAAGGAACUGUAAGUCGGUGGUGUUACAGGAUUUAGAGUCCACGCUGGCAGAACAAGUCCCCCAACAGCAGGACGUGACAGGCAUGCAGGAGUUACCACCCUUGUCAAUAGAUGGCAUCCCCACCUCAGUGGACAAAAUGACACAAGCACAGUUGCGAACAUUUAUUCCUGAGAUGCUGAAGUUUUCUACGGGUCGUAGUAAGCCGGGAUGGGGUAAGGUGGAGUGUCGCCCGGUCUGGUGGCCCGGAGACGUCCCCUGGGCAAACGUCCGCAGUGACGUCAGAACGACAGAGCAGAAGAAAAAGGUGUCCUGGACAGAAGCUCUUCGUACUAUCGUCAACAACUGCUACAAACACCAUGGAAGAGAGGAUCUGCUACACAUAUUCGAGAGUUCUGAACAAAAGACGAUGUUACAGACCAUUAACAACCCUGAUGGGACGAUAUCUGUCAUACAGAUCGACACCAGCCCCAAUCAGGUGGUGACGUUACAAGACGGCACUCAGGCCACGGUGGUGCACACAGUCAAUCAAGACGUCCCUCAGCAGGAGGCCACACAUGCUGUUCAGACUCUGGCCGACGUAGCGGUCAAUCAGCAGGAAGUGGUCACUAUGUCGGGUAUGCAGAUGACCCCGGUCAGCGUGGAGAUUAAUUCGGACACCAUAGGACACCGGAUUGCUCAUAUAAAUGAGGAUGGACACAUUAUACUGUCUGGGGAUGACCUAGGAGGGUCACAAGGAAUUGUAAUACCUGUCUCCUAUACACUACCCAACUCGGCUGUCGUUUCUGUGGCAACGUUUGACGCCCUACAGACUCAGACUGGACUCCAGGUUGCCAUGGCACCCAUGGCAAUAGCCAAACAGGAACAAGCUGAGGACAUUCAGGAAGAGAUCGCAGAAACGUCAUGUGAUAUGUCAAUGGAGGACAGUGAAGAUAAGCUUCAGUGAUCUAGAGGGGUGGAUCCAGUAAAACUUGAGUGAUCCAGGGGUGUGGAUCCAAAGGGAGGUGGCAGAUCUCAUCAAUUUGUGUAACUAUAUGUAAAGGAUUUUUUUUCUCUUUGUCAUCAUGUGUUUUUCUGUGAUUUCAUUUUUUAGUAUUCAUUGUUAUAAUGUUUUAAAAUGCUUGAUUAUUUAAUGUUAUUAAUUUUUUUUUUUUGUAUUUCAUAUUGAAAUGCAUAAUCAAUAUGACAUGCAUAUUAUUUAUCAUCAAUGUGUACCGGUAUCAAGAACUUAAAUCUUUUAUUCUACACAAAAUAAUGAUGAAAAGUUUGAUUUAUAUUUUAACAGUUUGUUGUACUUUAUAAAUUAUUUGAACAAUUAAAAUUCUUUAUAUUA